ACUGAUUUGAAUUUAUCUCAGCACAUAGUCGCACGCAUAAGUCUCCUUUCAUGGUUUUCGCAUAAGAUGAAUUUUGUUGCAGGGAACGUCCGUCUUAUCUCCAAUAAUACCAUUUAGCUUCGUGGUAGUGCCAGCCUUUAUAAUAUAUAGGAAAAGCGCUCAACACGUCUACGAGAAUCAUCCAGCCCUGUACAUACUUGCAUUCGGAAUGGUCGCGGCCAAAGUUACCAAUAGAUUAGUGGUUGCUCACAUGACCAAAAAUGAAAUGCAAUAUUUAGACAGCUCGCUGAUCGGUCCAGCCAUGCUGUUCCUCAAUCAAUAUUUCAACUUUUUCAUCAACGAGUACUAUGUACUUUGGCUGUGUUUCAUCUGGGUUACUCUGGAUCUCUUCCGGUACAGUGCUCAAGUGUGUCUCGAAAUUUGCGAUCACAUGAAGAUCAAGCUGUUCAGGAUAUCGGUGUCCGAUCAUCGCGUACACGCCAGCCAGGCUCCUAACAUCGCCGAGAAAAAUGGUACUAAUAGGUCACAACGUAAUAGAUUACAUAAGAAACAUUCUAGAGUUAACUAGUGAUAAUGAAUGUCCUGUAUGAUUCGCCUGAUGUGUUGUUGUUGUUGUGUAUAAAAAAGAAGAAGAAUCAUAACAGAAAUGUAACAAAGUAUAAAAAAAACAUUUGACGAGAGUUUUCUGUAUAUAGAACACAUUGGAAUAAGUACAGUUCAUUUGUUAUCACGUUAAUUUAUAUAAUCUAUCGUUUUAGACUAGACGUACUCGUGAUUAUACAUAUAUAUGUGACCACACACACAUGCGCGCGCGCGCACGCACGCACGCACACACGCACACACACACACAUAUAUAUGUAUAUAUACAUGAAGCUUUAGUUAAAACGAUUAGCGACUAUUAUGGACAUUUUAGUAAGAUGUACUACGUCGAAGCAAAAAUGCGUCCGACCGUAUAACAAGGACGGCGCUUGUUCCAUAUUUAUAAGAAAAAAAGUGAUAAAUGAAUCAUAAUCUAGUGUUCGCACAGAGAUAGAGAGAGAGAGAAAGAGAGAGAGAGGGGACAUAAUAUAUGUUUAUACAUAAGUUUAUACGAGGAUGUUAUGAGUUUAAUCUUAACUGCAUAAAACUUUUAAGUAUCGAUGACUUAUCGGAGUCUGAUACAUUACAUUCAUUGCCGUAGGAUACUAAUUCUAGCGAGAUAGAGAUUGUAUAUCAAACAUAAAAUCAAAAUUUCUUCAUCGUUCAUAAACGGGUUGUUUGGAAAUCGCUGCUUCAGAUAUCUCAGGUGUGAUGUUCUUAAACGGGAGGAUCACGAUAUACUUUUGUUUAAAUAUAUUCGUAAAUUAUAAUUUAUAUCUCAGUUAUUAUAUAUAAAUAUACACGAGGAAUUGAGAGAUCACGUCCUUCGUCAAGUAUAUAAUUCAUUCAUUAAAAACGGAUUAUUUAGCGUAUAUGUAAAUUUUCUUUCAGCAUAGCUUCGAACACGGAAUGUGUCAUGAAUGUUUUCGAUAUUUUCGCUUUUUGGCGUGUCUGUUUAUUUGAUAGAGAAACAUAAUUUUAAUGAUGAUAAGGACAACUGAACCAUGUCAGAUAUAUGUCAGGAUAAAAAGACUAAAGACAGUUACAUGACACUGCAAAAUGUAAGAUAUGUUCGUUUACUUUUACAAUCUCGUACGACAGUAGAGAGAGAGAGAGAGAGAGAGAGAGAGAGAGAG